AAAAAAAUGUUUUCAUCCCGUGCUACUGCAGCCGGCUCAGCAGUAGCAGGGCGGUCACAGACGGAGUCUCGACGUGGAAGAUGAAAAUAGAAGAAAAACGUGUUUUAUAACAAAUGAUGGACCCGUGAACGCACGUCGUCGUGUCAAAUGAUGCAAGACAAAAAUCUAGGACACUGCUCGUGACAAAAAUACCCCUCUUAAAAUCAAGUCGACGAAAUGGACGGAGGGUUGAGCAUUACUUUAAUAUCAGUUGCAAUGUUUGUCGGUUCUUUCUUACUCGGAUUCAUCCCUCUGUUGUUUCGACUUUCGGAGAGAAGCCUGCACUUUGUCUCCAUUCUGGGUGCAGGCUUCUUGUGUGGAACAGCCCUUGCAAUCACUAUCCCUGAAGGAGUGGGCUUAAUGCAACAGUCCUGGACACACCACAAUGCUUCUGCUCUGAACAAAACCUCCAGAGAAAGCUCCCCCUCACCUCAGCUGUAUAUAGGAUUGUCUUUGACGUUGGGCUUCACCUUCAUGUUUGUGGUGGAUCAGCUGGCGAGUUACUUUGCCAUGUGUGGACAGACAAAUCCCAACAGCGACGCCAUCACAGCCACACUGGGGCUGGUUAUUCAUGCCGCAGCUGAUGGAUUCGCUUUGGGUGCAGUGGUAGCCACGGGCCAGGUGACAGUGCAAGUCAUUGUGUUUUUAGCUGUGAUUCUACACAAGGCUCCUGCAGCUUUUGGUUUAGUUGCCUUUCUGAUACAUGCGGGACUGGAAAAGAAGUCCAUCCAAGGACAUUUGUUGGCCUUCUCAGCUGCAGCACCAAUUGUUGCCAUUGCGACAUACUUCAUACUGCACGCGACUUGCUCGUCAUCUCAAAACCAGCUCAGUGCAACGGGUGUCGGUAUGCUUUUCUCGGGUGGGACCUUCCUCUUUGUGGCCACGGUGCACGUUCUUCCCGACAUCAUCAGCGGUAACAGUCACAGUCAGCCCAAGCAGCAGAGCCACUUAGGCCUUAAGGAGAGCGUCACUCUUGUUCUCGGAGUUGGCCUUCCUGUGUUGCUGGCUGUGGGGCUUCACGAUGACUGAGGAGGAAGGACUCUAUAGUCGAACCUGAGCAUUUGUAUAGUUAGAAAUGACUCAGAAUGUGAAUCUUGACUGAAGCUGUCACCAAACUGACAUGCCAGAAAUCAAAGACUGCAUUUCAGGAUAUCACAUCUAUCCUGAGAAUGUAAAGGGUAAGAAUCUGGAUGCUGGUCACAUGCAUGAUUUUUGUCUUGGGGACAAAUGGGUUAAUGUACCACCAGAUGGCGCUAAUGACUGACAAAAUGUGGAUUCAUUCUUAAAGUCACUGGCGGAGCUAGUUUUUUUUUUUUUUUUAUUGGGUGGGGGCUGUAGCUGGCCCAUGGAUAUCUCAGGUGGUCUGCAAAGCAAAUAAAAAUAAAAAAACGCUGAUAAAGAUUCAUCAUAUGUUCCGCACGGGGACGUGGACAUGAUGAAAAAAAAAUCAGAAAAGACCCAAAAGUUGAUUAUGUGGUGUCUGACUUCUGGGGGUCCAAUCAUAUUUAACAGGGGUCGGGGGGCAUUGCCAACCCUGCACCCCUCUAGCUCCGCCAUUGCCUAAGGUACAUUAAUAAAAAAGUCCAAAAUUUAAAUAGAGCACCCCAGACAUUACUGCAAAGAGAUUUAUGGUUACUUGCUCUGUAGCCCUGCCAAUUAUUUUCACUACAUUAUUGUAGGUGCUUUGAGGCACUGCUAUGACAUCAGGUUUUAUCUGUCCAUAACCACACUGUCUGUAAGCACAAUUUAUUUUUAAAUUGUCCAAUCAAAACCCUUUAUGAACAAGUUGCACUUUUUCAUCGAGUUUGAAAUAACAAAAGAUCUGUAGAAAAAUAUUUUUGAUGCUUACCAGCACAUUUGUGUAAAUGUAACUUCAACAUUGCUAUCCCACGUGGCACAAUGAUGUAACAGUUUGUAUCCAAGUAUGAGUAAAGCAUGAGGAAACGUUUA